GACAUAGUUGUACACGUUGUCAGAAUUUCAUUCGAAAAUGAUGUCAAUCAGUGAUGACGUUUAUUCAAUAAAAAUGACCAAAAUGAAAUUAAAGGAAGUGUACGGUGAGUCUUUACGCUUUGUCAAAAGAGAAGGCAGAAGCAAUAUAAUUCUAUUGGACAGUGUUAGAGACAUUUUAUGUGAAAAAUGGUACCAAGAAAAAAGCACAAAUGUAAACGAGGAGAGAGAGCGUGUUGUUAUAACAGCUGCAAAACUUUUGAAAAAUGCCAUAAAGAAUCAUGACCACAAUUCAAACGUAUAUCCUUCCAAAGAGGACAUCCUAAACAUUGAAGGAACCCAUAUACCUCAAUUAUUAAAAGCAUUUGUUAAUGAACUAGUUCAGGCACCUUUAAAACAGGUUUCAAUAUCACAAGUCUUAUUUUCUGGAACACGUCCCAGGUCUAUUAUGCCAUUACAGUUUGGACUAAGCGUUGCUGUCGAUAACCGUCUUUCAUCAAAAUGGCUGAACAUACUGCUAUCAAAAUUAGGAUUUGGUAUUAGUUAUGACGAGGUUAUCCGUUACAAACAGAAUGUUGUAAAGCAUGAUACUAUCGACGAAAUCAUUUCUGGAGAGGGAACCUCAUUUCUUCAAUUUGUAGCUGAUAACACAGACUAUGACAUUGCUACUGUUGAUGGAAAAAAUACGCACCAUGGACUUGGGUCAAUUGCAAUUGCAAAUGGAAAAUUCACAGACGUUUCGUUUAAAAGGAAUAAAAUUCCUAGAGAUAAAAAAGAACUAUGGUCAAAUAACAAGUCAAACGAUGGGAUAAUGAUUAGGCAGUACUACAUACCUGACAUACCUUCAUUAACAAAAACAAUAUUCAAACCAGUCAUUCAGGAAAAAAUUCAAGCUCGUUUUAUUGAUCUUCUAUGGAACAUUGGCUACCUUUUCAAAAAUCCAUGCCCAAGUGGGCCUGGCUACAUGAGUUCUGCAACAAAUAAUAUUGUAAAACAUAAAUCUAACAUUGCUAUACUACCUGUGAUUGAUUUACACGCUACUAAUUUGACAGCCCUAUAUUCACUACUUUGCUUCAUCAUUGAUCACUCCAAAAAAGUGAAUAUUACAAUGCCAUCCAUAAAAUUUGAUCAGCAGCUUUACAUAAAAGCAUACGAAAUAGUCACUACAAAAAACUUAAAUAUAUUUGUUCGUCUCGGAGGUUUCCAUCAACUUGAGUUUUCUAGGUUCAACUAA